AUGAAAGACUUACAAAAAAUAAAAAAUACAAAUACAGAAAAAUCAAGCGUGGUGGCGGAAGAUGAUGGUAUUCUUAUUCCACCACGUAACAUCAGCAUUCUCCUGCAAAUGAUCGGCGAGCCACCAAGUUCCGGCGAAUGGAUAUUGUUAGUUUUCUUCAACGGACAAGUUGUGAUGACCACAAAAUGGUACACUGAGAGCGUAAUUGAAAUAGAAUAUUUUCCAGUAAACUUAAAUGAUCCAGAUCAUCAAUUAAUGGUUGCCGAUAGUCCUAUAGUUGUUAUUCUUCGUUCUGUUUCGGGAAAAGGAGCUAAGGAUGUCGAUCCGUUAUUGAAUUCAGAUAAUUGGGCAGGUGGUAAUGUUGAUUUGAUGCCUUUUGUAUUGGGAGAGCAAGAGAUAAAGGUAAGAGUUCCCCUUGUUUUGAUUCAUAACGGUGACCGUACAAACUGCAGCGUAAUAGCUCAUUUAGAAGCCCGCGGUUAUUCAGAAAACAAUCGCGUUCCGUUGAUGAUAACUUUGUUAUCUGUUCAUUGUCUUCCUAACGCUAAAGAUGGAACGGUUUAUCUGGGAGCAAUUGGCUUGGACAGCUUAACGCAAAAUGUUAUGAAUUUUGGUAAUUCAUUAAGUUUUCCUGAAGCCAAAAAAAUUGUUUGGGCUGAUGUUUCGAAUGCAGGUCAAGCUGCAAACACCGAAUUUGAAAUUCCAAACGAAGAUAUUUAUUUUCCUGAAAAUGUAAUAACACCUUCGAAAACAUCUGAAUGUAACCGUUUUUAUUGGUACUCCAUGAAACGUGUAUUGAUUGACCCCAAUUUAUUGCAAGAAAGACUACGUUUUCCAUUUUAUGUAGAAAUGGCUGGAGUACCUAGAUUUGGAAAAAUUGAUGUUCGCGGUCGAUUCAUGGGAUUCGUUGACGCCGGAGUUUUGUUGGAACCAGGUCAAUUUGGUGUGACGGUCGGUGCCCAAUUGAUGUAUUAUAAUGAAUCUGAACUACCGGAGAAGGUAGGUCCGUUAUUAGAUCUUCCACCGGCAAGCGCAAAAGCUAGUGCUAGAGAGAUAAACACUGUGACUGAUGAAUACGGUCACGGCGCUUAUUUUGUCAUAAGAUUUGACUUGUUCGAACCAUUAGUCCCGAAAGCCAAAAUGGUUUCACUUUACGAACGAAUAGGUUUUCCUGUUACCGAUGGCUCUACUGUACCUGUGAACGAGCUAACGGUAGAGCCGCCUCCAGAAGAUCAAACGAUUGAUGUUAGACGAAUAAGAAGCGAAGGCGGUGCUCUGACAGUACACCAAGAAUUAAGUGAUCUGGCUUGUAAAGGUACAAUUCCGAUGAACCAAGGUAUCAAAAGAUCUGCAGCAAAUCGUUUACUGAUGCGAGUGAGGUCUUUGCUCAAACAGUUUCCAGCGGGAAAUUGUUCAGUUAUUGAUUUGCAAGAUACGGUAACACAUCAGCAUGUUGCCUGUAGAAGAGCAGUGACAGCCUCGUUCGCUCCACGACCUCCUUCCCCGCGCGCAGUUAGUUUGACAUUAGUGGCUAGAUGUCGAAUAGCUGGUUAUAGGAAGUUAGCCGAGAAACACCUUGAAAAUAACUUAAAUGUCGCAGAACAAAGUCCUGCCGUAUUACUUACUAAAGUUCUGAGACUCCUUGAAGAAGGUAAUAACAUGGAAGCCAAAAAUUUUUUGUUGAGAGCUUUAAAUGUUCACAGCAAAAAUCGAUAUUUAUUAUGGAUUUAUGGUGCUUUAAAUUUUGACCAGGGCACCGAAGGAAAGGAUCUUGCUGCUGCAGCAUUCCGUAUCGCGGUCCGUGGUGAUUAUUCUGAUGGGACCGGCAUCGCUAUUGGGUGGGCAGCUCUGCAUUCAUUCUAUCACUACCAUCAAAACUCGUAUGCUGCUUUUGUUGCUGCCAAGAAAAUGCGGAAAUCAUUUGAACUGGCCAAAGAAUGGGAUAAAUUUCUUCGACGCUGGAUAGAUGCAAGCGGAGAAGAAGAAAUUUUCUGGAUACCAGCGUCAGUGACUGCUGCAAAUCCAUUCAUAUUAGCCGCAGCGUUUUUUCUUUGUCUCCGUUGCUAUUCGUUUGUUAAUCAAAUCUUAGUAUGCGUGGAACGAAAUUGCGUCAACCGAGGUACACGUUUUGAUUAUACUAUUGAAAUAGCCCCGGACUAUUAUUACUUGCAAGCAGCUUCAUUACUACUUCGCCAAGAAUAUGACAAGGCAAUGGAGAUAACUCAUGAAGGAAUAAAAAGAUUUGGACCGUCGGCUAUUCUGUCCCAAAUCAACGCUUCUUGCUUGACUUGUUCUCGAGGCUGGGAUGGGCAAUGUGAAAGUGCGUUGGAAGAAGCGGAUAAAGCUGGUGCCCAACCAUGUCCAGCUAUUCUUUUGCGAGCAGCUCUAGGUGGGAUGCAAAGUGAACCAGCUGUUUCAUUGCAAAGGGCUGCAAGAGCGCAUAAAAUGGUUCCGAGUGGAUAUUCUGCUUUCGUUUUAGCUCGUAUUUAUAAUAUAUUAGGUGAAAAAGAAUUAGCAGAGCGCUGGGCGGCCGCUGCAGUCAAAUCUGAACCUUUAUUAUCAGAUGGUUGGGCGUUUUUAGCGCUAUUGGCCUUACACGAGAGAAAAAUUGAUAAUGCAAAAGCUAUGAUGCGAACCGCAAAUCAAGUAGGUACGGUCAGUAAUGACAUUAACGAGGCACUUGAAUCGUUAAAGGCGAAAAUUAAUUUGGAAAGAACACCUGAUUUUCUUGCUAGGAAUGUGUGCUACUCAAAACAAUAUGAUUGA